AUGGCGGUGGAGGUGGAGGACACGGGGGAGGCCACGGAGGUGGCGGUGGUGGACACGGGGGCGGAUAUGGUGGACAUGGUGGAGGUCACGGAGGUGGCGGUGGAGGACACGGGGGAGGCCACGGAGGUGGCGGUGGAGGACACGGGGGAGGCCACGGAGGAGGCGGUGGAGGACACGGGGGUGGAUACGGUGGACACAGCGGAGGCCACGGAGGUGGCGGUGGAGGACACGGGGGUGGCCACGGAGGAGGCGGUGGAGGACACGGGGGUGGAUACGGUGGACAUGGCGGAGGCCACGGAGGUGGCGGUGGAGGACACGGCGGAGGCCACGGGGGUGGCGGUGGAGGACACGGGGGUGGAUACGGGAGGUGGCGGUGGAGGACACGGGGGUGGUGGACACGGUGGUGGCGGUGGACAUGGGGGCGGUGGACACGCGCACUCUUUCCACCAUUUCUCCGGGCCUGUAGUGGGUGGCCACCAAGAGGUCAGCUGGAAGGAUAAACACGGACAUUAUGAUCACGAUUAUAAAGCGUAUCCUAAAUACCACUACGCGUACGGUGUAGAAGACAGCCACACGAAAGACUAUCACGGACAGAAGGAGCACCGCGACGGGAAGGAAGUCGACGGGGAGUAUCAUCUUCACGAGCCUGGCGGUAACGUGAGAAGCGUCAAGUAUCAUUCUCAUCCUCACGGUGGAUUUUUCGCCGAAGUUCAUAAUUAUGGCGGAAACGAUCACUCCGGAGGCGGACACGGAGGACACAAGCAUAGAUGAGAGCCCUGUCAUCCCACGACUCAUUCACUAAAAAUACGAUCCUUGUUAUCUAUUGUUAUACUCUUGUCACACGUUUUUGUUUCUCAACAUUUACUACUUGUUAUCGUUUGUCAAUUAUUAAGCACAGAAUAUAAUAAAUCAGUACAUUGAAUUUGAUUUGCAGUUGUUUAAUGCAAAUUCCAAACGAAGAAUAAUAGAAUGACCUAACCCUUCAAUUUUGAUGAUGUUUCAUCAGAGGUAGAGAAUAUCAAGACGCGUAGUUCAAAGUGCUUGUAACAGCAUUACGUUUGCAAGAAGCAAGAAGCAGGAUCGAUCGCGUUG